UUCAUUUCCGCUUUCCCAACUCCCCCUUUUUAGUUCAGCUCAGACCUCCGACGACCGCUGUUUUGACACUUUUUUUUUACGUUCUCUACUUUUUUAGAGAGAGAAACAGAAAGAGUAGAGAGAGAGAGACGGCAAAUUCAAUUCAACUCUCCUCCCAAAAACCUCUCUCCUCGUUAUCGCAGCCGUCGCUACCACCAAUCGCCAUAAUCCGCCCCUCGCCAGCCAACUCAGCAGCUCCGCCCGCCUUCUCUGACUCAUUUCCGCUUCAAUUUUCACCUCCAGCUCUGAAAGGUGAGAAACACGCACCAAUCAGCAUCCAGCCGAUUCCGAUCUACUUCCGCGGAGCUGGAAUAGAACGACUUCCUAUGCUGUGACCUCGACCUAGGGUUUUGAUUUUUGUUUCCGUUGUGGUGGAGCGGUUGUUCACUUUUGAGUGAUCGAGCGAGGGAGAGAUGAUGAUAUCCAGGGGUUUGUUCGGGUGGUCCCCGCCGCACAUACAGCCGCUGACGCCGGUGUCGGAGGUGUCGGAGCCGCCGGAGUCGCCCUCGCCGUACGCGGAUAUGGGGACGGGUGAGGCGGAGCCGGUGGAGAUGGAGGAGGAGAUGGACGCCGAGAACGAGGAGAUGGAGCCGCCGCCGGCUGCGGUGCCGUUCUCCCAGCUAUUCGCCUGCGCUGACCAGCUCGACUGGGCGCUCAUGUUCGUUGGAUCUCUCGCGGCUGCUGCGCACGGGACUGCGCUCGUUGUCUACUUGCAUUAUUUUGCUAAGAUUAUACAGUUGCUUCGGUAUGAUGGGUAUAGCGAUGACCUUUUCGACAGGUUCACUGAGCUUUCUUUAAGCAUUGUAUAUAUUGCUGUUGGAGUUUUUGUUGCAGCCUGGAUUGAGGUGUCGUGCUGGAUUCUUACUGGGGAACGUCAGACUGCUGUGAUAAGGUCAAAAUAUGUUCAAGUUCUACUUAAUCAGGACAUGAGCUUUUUUGACACCUAUGGAAACAAUGGAGACAUUGUGAGCCAAGUACUUAGUGAUGUACUGCUCAUUCAAUCUGCUCUCAGUGAAAAAGUGGGGAACUAUAUUCAUAAUAUGGCUACUUUCUUUAGUGGUCUUAUUAUUGGAUUUGUCAACUGCUGGCAGAUUGCCCUUAUUACUUUAGCUACUGGACCACUAAUAGUUGCUGCAGGAGGGAUUUCAAAUAUCUUUUUGCAUAGACUUGCUGAAAAUAUCCAAGAUGCUUAUGCUGAGGCGGCAAGCAUUGCAGAGCAGGCAGUCUCAUACAUCAGAACCUUGUACUCAUUUACCAAUGAAACCUUGGCAAAAUAUUCAUAUGCAACUUCACUUCAAGCUACACUCAGAUAUGGAAUAUUGAUAAGUCUUGUUCAAGGGCUUGGACUUGGUUUCACAUAUGGACUUGCAAUCUGUUCUUGUGCGUUGCAACUUUGGGUGGGGAGGUCCCUUGUCACUCAUAGAAGAGCCCAUGGGGGAGAAAUUGUGACUGCUCUAUUUUCUGUUAUAUUAAGUGGCCUUGGACUGAAUCAAGCAGCUACAAACUUUUAUUCUUUCGAACAAGGCAGAAUUGCUGCCUACAGACUGUUUGAGAUGAUAACUCGGUCAUCCUCCACUGUUAAUCAUGAUGGGCUAACUCUUCCUUCUGUUCAAGGGAACAUAGAGUUUCGAAAUGUAUAUUUUAGCUAUUUGUCCCGCCCUGAAAUCCCGAUUUUGAGUGGGUUUUAUCUCACUGUGCCUGCUAAAAAGGCUGUGGCACUUGUUGGCAGAAACGGCUCUGGAAAAAGCAGUAUCAUACCACUUAUGGAGCGGUUUUAUGACCCUACCUUAGGAGAAGUUCUUUUGGAUGGUGAAAAUAUAAAGAACCUGAAGCUGGAAUGGCUAAGAAGCCAAAUUGGUUUAGUUACCCAGGAACCUGCUUUACUGAGUUUGAGUAUCAAAGAUAACAUUGCUUAUGGAAGAAAUGCUUCUAUGGACCAAAUUGAGGAAGCUGCUAAAAUAGCUCAUGCGCAUACAUUUAUUAGCUCUCUCGAAAAAGGAUAUGAUACUCAGGUUGGUAGGGCCUCUCUGAUGAUGUCAGAGGAGCAAAAGAUUAAACUUUCUGUUGCUAGGGCUGUGCUGUCAAAUCCAUCAAUUCUGCUCCUGGAUGAAGUCACUGGUGGACUUGAUUUUGAGGCUGAAAGAUCUGUUCAGGAAGCUCUGGAUGUCCUCAUGUUGGGCAGAUCAACUAUUAUAAUAGCUAGACGGCUAAGUCUUAUUAAAAAUGCUGAUUAUAUUGCUGUAAUGGAGGAAGGUCAACUCGUUGAAAUGGGUACACAUGAAGAACUAAUGAACUUGGAUGGCCUUUAUGCAGAACUGCUCAAAUGUGAGGAAGCUACUAAGCUUCCACGGAGGAUGCCAAUGAGAACCUACAAGGAAACCUCAACUUUUCAGGUUGAGAAAGAUUCUUCUGCAAGUCGCAUCUUUCAAGAACCAUCGUCCCCUAGAAUGGCCAAGUCUCCAUCUCUCCAGAGAGUUGCUGGAGGUCAUAUGGUUCGACCUGCCGAUGUUAGCUAUAGCUCUCAAGAAUCUCCACGAGUUCUUAGUCCACCCCCAGAAGAAAUGAUGGAAAAUGGUGUUUCCAUGGAAGUGAUAGAUAGAGAACCAACAAUAGAGAGGCAGGAUAGUUUUGAGAUGAGACUACCAGAAUUACCCAAGAUUGAUGUUCAUACCGGUCAGCGUCAAAAGAGUGCUUCUGAUCCCGAAUCUCCUGUUUCUCCGCUUUUGACAUCUGACCCAACAAAUGAACGUUCCCAUUCCCAAACCUUUAGUCGACCACUCAGUGAAUUUGAUGAUCUUCCUAUGACAAUGAAAGAAACUAAGGGUACAUCACAAGAAGAACCAUCCCUCUGGAGGCUAGUAGAACUUAGCCUUGCAGAAUGGCUUUACGCUGUUCUCGGAAGCACUGGUGCUGCAAUCUUUGGUUCUUUUAAUCCCAUCCUUGCUUAUGUUAUUGCACUUAUAGUAACAGCUUAUUACAGAAAAGAUGGACAUAGACAUCAUGCACAGGAAGAUAUUAACAGAUGGUGCUUAAUCAUAACUGGCAUGGGAAUUGUGACAGUGAUUGCUAAUUUUUUGCAGCACUUCUACUUUGGUAUAAUGGGAGAAAAAAUGACUGAGCGUGUUCGAAGAAUGAUGUUUUCAGCAAUGCUUCGAAAUGAAGUUGGAUGGUUUGAUGAGGAGGAAAAUAGUGCUGAUAACCUCUCAAUGCGAUUGGCUAAUGAUGCUACUUUUGUAAGAGCUGCUUUUAGCAAUCGGCUUUCAAUAUUCAUACAAGAUAGUGCAGCUGUUAUAGUUGCUGUCCUCAUUGGGAUGUUUCUGCAGUGGCGGCUGGCACUAGUGGCCUUGGCUACUUUGCCCAUUCUCAUGGUUUCUGCCAGAGCACAGAAACUAUGGCUUGCUGGAUUUUCGAAGGGUAUCCAGGAGAUGCAUAGGAAGGCAUCUUUGGUAUUGGAGGAUGCUGUUCGUAAUAUCUAUACUGUCGUAGCAUUUUGUGCUGGUGACAAGGUGAUGGAACUCUACAGAGUACAACUUCAAAAGAUAUUCAAGAAAAGCUUUUUCCAAGGCAUGGCUAUUGGUUUUGCAUUUGGCUUUUCUCAGUUUCUUUUGUUUGCCUGCAAUGCCCUCCUUCUUUGGUACACUGCAAUUUGUGUGAAAAGGCAGUACAUGUCUCUGGGGACAGCGCUAAAAGAGUAUAUGGUGUUCUCUUUUGCAACAUUUGCGCUAGUUGAACCUUUUGGUUUGGCCCCGUAUAUUCUUAAAAGGAGAAAGUCCUUGAUAUCUGUCUUUGAGAUAAUUGACCGAACUCCUAAGAUUGAACCUGAUGAUAAUGCUGCCCUAAAGCCUGCAAAUGUUUAUGGAAGCAUUGAGUUGAAAAAUGUUGACUUUUCGUAUCCGACUCGGCCAGAAAUCUUGGUUCUAAGCAAUUUCAGUCUCAGAGUUAAUGGUGGACAAACUGUAGCAGUGGUUGGAGUUUCGGGGUCAGGAAAAAGCACCAUUAUAUCUUUGAUAGAAAGGUUUUAUGAUCCGGUUGCUGGUCAGAUAUUACUAGAUGGCCGAGAUUUGAAAUCUUACAAUCUGAGAUGGUUGAGGAACCACUUAGGUCUUGUCCAGCAGGAGCCCAUCAUAUUCUCAACAACCAUCAGAGAGAAUAUCAUAUAUGCGAGGCAUAAUGCAAGCGAAGCGGAAAUGAAGGAGGCUGCAAGGAUAGCAAAUGCUCAUCAUUUUAUAAGCAGCUUGCCUCAUGGAUACGACACCCAUGUAGGUAUGAGGGGCGUGGAUUUGACUCCUGGACAGAAGCAGAGGAUUGCAAUCGCUAGAGUUAUUCUGAAGAAUGCACCUAUUUUGUUGUUGGAUGAAGCUAGCUCAUCAAUAGAAUCUGAGUCGAGCAGGGUAGUACAAGAAGCCCUUGACACUCUUAUCAUGGGGAACAAAACAACCGUUCUUAUUGCACAUCGAGCAGCCAUGAUGAGACAUGUUGACAAUAUAGUUGUACUAAAUGGUGGACGAAUAGUGGAAGAAGGGACUCACGAUACCUUGAUGGCAAAGAACAGUUUAUACGUGCGAUUGAUGCAACCCCACUUUGGUAAAGGAAUGCGCCAACACAGGCUUAUUUAGACGAGCACCACAACAUUUUCUGAUGGCUGACUUGUAAUUUUGGUCCCAUUACCACUAUGCCAACUUUGGCUGAUUACGAAUCUGCAAGCUUGUAGAUUCUAUGAACACACCAAGAUAGCCAAGUAUCGAAAAUGUUGAUGGUCUUUCUGGAGCAAUGGCAAACUAGCUCCUGCUGACAUGUCCUAUGUAGCCACUGCAACAGCUCGACGGGUUCUAUUCAUCCUAUAGUAUUUUGCAAGAUUAGUUGUGUAUUCUUUCGGAGGCGGGCAGAAUUAUCUUAACCAUAUUCUCAGAGGUAAAUUGAUUUGUUAGUUAACGAGUGGGACGAGCUAAGCUGGCGAGUGUGUUAGUAUUCGGUUUCUUGUUUUUUCUUUCAUUGUGUUUUCUGGGUGAGGUUAAUCAGCUUUAGUUUUGUAUCAUAUGCCCUGCCUCUAUCUAUUGAUACUUCUUCAUUUUGGUGUACAUGUUAUGUGAUAUUGGUCUACUUUAGCAAGGCAUUCUUUGUAACCUAUUUGUACAGAAGAGGUUAGAUUUUUCAUUUAUUUUUUUGAAUUUUUUUGUCUGCCUUA